AUUUUUUUUUUCUCUUUACCCUUUUUCUCUUACACUAUAAUCAUGGCAGCUAAUUAUUGGGCAUCGUCGCAAAGAAUGCAUUGGAUGCUCGACCGAUGGAGCUUAGCGAAAAGUAAAGAAGAAGAUUUAAAAUACGUGUCCGAAGCGGAUUAUGUGAAGAUUAGAAUCUGGUUUUGUCAUUUAAUCCAGAAAUUAGCAAAACGAUUACAAUUAAGGCAACAAGUCGUAGCUACAGCAUUUGUAUAUUUUAAACGAUUUUACAUAAAUAAUAGUCUACGAUGUACGGAUCCGAUACUUGUCCUGGUUACCUGUGUAUAUCUAGCUACAAAAAUUGAAGAAUGUCCAAUUCAUAUCAAGAUGGUAACACAGGAAGCAAAGGUAGUUUUCCAAGCCGAGUUUGGUGGAUUUCCUUAUGACAGUUUCAAGGUAGCCGAGUUUGAAUUUUACUUGCUGGAAGAGCUGGAAUUUUACUUGAUUGUUUGGCAUCCAUAUCGAUCAUUGACGCAAGUGUGUAACGAACUGGGCAUGAGAGAAUCAGGAUUACAAUAUGCAUGGUUUAUCGUGAACGAUUCUUAUAGAACAGAUGUGAGCCUUUUAUACCCGCCUCACCUCAUUGCUUUGGCUGCCAUCUAUCUUACCGUCGUUCUCAAUCAUGCUGAUUUCGCACCUGGAUCCGCUGGUGACCAACGCGAUAUGAAGCAAUGGUUUGCUGAUCUGAAUGUAGAUAUCAAGAGUAUUAUCGAAAUUAGUCAAGAAAUCCUUUCUAUCUACGAAGUAUGGGCUGAUUGGAAAGAAGAGAAAAUGCUAGCCCUAUAUAAGGAAUUAAAAAACAAGUGAGCGCACUCUAUCACCACCUAUUUAUGUACAUAGAUUUUUUUUUUUUUUUUAGUGUUUUGCUGUUUCUUUAAUAAUAAAAAGCUUGUGUACUUACACAUACCUGUACAUCAUCA